AAUGUUAAUGAGCUGCAGGAGUCGGUGUGGUGAGCGGUUCUCCGGAGUAGAGGAGUAGAAAGCGGCGGACUGGAGUCAGCUAGAUCAUUGCGUGUUUCUCUGCAUAUGAAUCUCUGGAUGGCUGGUUAACCGCACAGGAAGAAGAAGAAGAAAAACUCUUAAUAGUGCCUCCGGUUAUUCCGACGUGCCGCUGUGUGUCGCGGUAAAGCGGAUAUUUCUCACUUUAACUGGAGUCAGAAAGAGAAGCGGCAAGAUGAAAUACAAAAACCUGAUGGCCAAAGCGUUGUACGACAACAUGCCGGAGUCCCCCGAGGAGCUGGCCUUCCGGAAAGGGGACAUCCUGACCGUCAUUGAGCAGAACACAGGCGGCCUGGAGGGCUGGUGGCUCUGCUCCCUGCACGGCCGCCAGGGCAUCGCCCCCGGGAACCGCUUGAAGCUGCUGAUCGGACCCAUGUUCGAGGCUCAGUCGUCGGGCGCCGCCGCCGCCGCCCCUUCUCCAUCUCAGAGCUAUCAGCAGAAGGCUAACUCGGGGUCUCAGGGCCUCUACCAGGUGCCCUCGUCCCUCCAGAGCCCACAGCAGCAGAGUCAGCAGAGCAUCUACCAGGUCCCACCGAGGAGUACUCUAGCAACUGAUAACACACCAAGCAAGGUGAGACAGAGCUCAUCAGUCAAUCUGUCAGCUAGUUUGGGUUUCCUUUAUUGACUCAGCCCAAGAAAGAUACAUCACUAUGGAGCACAGCAAUCAAUAGUGACCAUCUGAUUUCACUGAUUAGUCCUCCUUUAAAGCAAAGUUGAGGGGCUCACCAGUGAAACCACCUGGUAAGAUGAUUGGAGAGAAAAACUGUUAUUACUGAGUCGUACUUUUUUCCCCUAAUGCGCGCACAAUGUUUUGCAUUUAAAUGCACUUUUACACACUUUCAUCUGUAGCAAAGGGUCGCACAUUAAUAUUUAUCAGAGCGUCAGAAGAAGAGGAAAUAACAAAAUGGAAAAGGUUUAGAGUAACAGAAAAUGGAGUCUGGUCUGUUCCCCAAACUCUGGAUAUUUGGAAUCACAUUGGAUUUCUAAGGUAACAUCAGCUGUGGCGGGUGUGGGAAUGAGAUGUGAUGGGAAAUGGCAUUUGCGCGUUUACACCGUGAUCCGUGAGGCUCGGCUCUCACCAGCGCGCCCACGGAAAGCAGAAAGGCCAAAGAGGAGAUUGCAGCUCUGCCAUGCGAAAUGUGUGCAGGGUGUGCCGGGCCUGGCGCUCACCACAGAUGAGGGUAGUGUUUUUGUGCACGGCUCCCAUUUGGCUUUAUUCCUGUAUUGGCACA